ACAACAGACCCAACUUAUUCCCAAGAAGGCACAGACCAAUUCAUUCCAUUCUUUAUUUCGGUCCACUAUGAUGCAUCUCAUUCUGUUGCUUGGACUUUUGAUAUUAAAAUACUUCAAUGGUUCUCAAGCUGAAAAUUCCUUCUCUCAGUAUUGGGAAGAACAUAUUGGUCUUCCACACCCUCCACGUUGGUUAGUUGCGAAGGCUUCUCCUCUAAACCUCCAUCAAGCUACAACAUUUAUGAAACUUAUGGAGGAAAAUGAAUUGGCUUCCCAUUUGUUUUUGUUUUGUAAGCAAGCUAAUGUUGCUUGUUCUACAAAUGCACCAAUGAAGAACACAACAGAUGACAUAGCCCUUCCACCAAUAGCCCAGUGGAAUACUGUCAAACUGAAAUAUGAUGAUCUUCCAAAUGAAACAUCCCUGUCGGUUGCUAGCCAAGGGGGAUUACCAUAUUUUCGGAAGUCAAUGGUGAAAGAGGGAUGUUUCAUGCCCAUUCCUGAUCUUAGGGACUCAGUAUCAUAUAAAUCAUUCUUGCCGCGAUCUCUAGCAUCAAAAAUCCCAUUUUCCUUUGCCCGGAACGAGGAAUUGAAAAAUAUUUUUGGUGUGGUGAAUGAAUCAAAGAUGGAUGAGUACAUUAAAGACACUCUUCAAAUAUGUGAGAAAAGCCCCAUUCGAGGUGAAGUGUGCACCUGUGUAACUUCCGCUGAGGAUCUCAUUGAUUUCGCUGUUGAUAAAUUAGGGCAUCAUGUACGCAUAUGGAGUACUGAAAGCAUCGAAGGAUCUUAUGAAAAU